ACCAGCAUGUACCAUGCCAUGGGUCACAGCAGCAUCCUGGUCAUGCAGGCGGGCAUGACCUUUGACCCCACUGACAUUCAGAAUGCCAUGGCUUCACUGAAGGAGUCGCUGCAAACCUGCCAACGGUUCCGAAGAAAGCACAGCGUUUUCGAGACAAUAACUAGCCUGUUCUUCACACAAACCGCUCAAAGGCUGACAGAAGAUGAGAUGCACGCUGAGAUCUGCUACGCUGAGUGCCUGUUGCACAAAGCCGCCCUCACCUUCUUAGAGGAUGAAACCAUGAUUGGCUUCAUCAAGAGUGGGAUCAAAAUCCGGGCAAGUUAUCAGAUUUUUAAGGAAUGUCUACUUUUACUCAGUACAGCUCAGGACCUGCUCGAGCAGAGCCACACCUUCAAACACUUUCAGGGAGGAGUCAACAUGGGGAUUGGAUCAUUUAAUUUGAUGCUGUCUCUCAUGCCCAGCAGGGUUCUGAGGCUGCUGGAAUUCAUUGGAUUCUCUGGCAACAGAGAGUUUGGGCUGUCCCAGUUAAGAGCAGGUGCAGCCAGCGACAGUUUGCGCUCUAUCCUUAGUGUUCUAACCCUCCUCAUGUACCACACCUACAUCACAGUCAUACUGGGAACUGCUGAUGGGAAUUUAUGUGAGGCUGAGGCUCUACUGGAACCCUAUAUUGAAAAAUUCCCUGACGGGUCACUGAUCAUAUUCUAUGUGGCCAGGAUUGCAGUGCUCAAAGGAAACUUUGAAGAGGCACAGCUGAAGUUCCUGCAGUGUGUUGGCGCUCAGCAGGAGUGGAGGCAGAUCCACCACCUGUGCUACUGGGAGCUGAUGUGGUGCCACUGCUUCAGGCAGGAGUGGCUGGAGGCCUACCGCUACGCCGACCUGCUGUGCAGAGAGAGCAAGUGGUCCAAGGCGAUCUUUGUCUUCCAGAAAGCUGCCAUUCUGAGCAUGCUCCCGGAGGAGGAGGUUCAGAGAACUGGUGAAGAUGUGGUGGGGCUGUUCAGGCAGGUGGAUGGCCUGAUGCUGAGGUUUGCUGGGAAGUCGAUCCCGACAGAGAAGUUUGUGGUGAGGAAGGCCAGGCGGUACUCUCCCUCCACCCCGGUUCCUCUGGUAGUGCCAGCGCUGGAAAUGAUGUAUGUGUGGAACGGUUUCUCUAUCGUCGGGAAAAGGGCCGAGCUGACAGCCAGUUUACUUGUCACCCUCGAGACUGCUGAGCAUCACCUGAGCAAGGCCUCCAAUCCCAGUGAGCACCACUGCGAUGACCAGAGCCUGCUGCUGCUGCUGAAGGGCCUCUGUCUGAAACACCUGGGUCAGCUCCACCAGGCAGAGCUCUGCUUCACACAGGUCAUAUCCAGUGAGAAGAUGAUAAAGUUUGAUCAUUACCUGGUGCCUUUCAGCAUGUAUGAACUGGGUCUGAUUUACAAACUGCAAGGAGACUUACCUAGAGCCAGCAGUGUCCUGGAGAAUGCAAAGCUGAACCACACGGAUUACUCCAUGGAGUCCCGGCUGCACUUCCGCAUUCACGCAGCUCUGGACAGCCUGAAGGACUCUACUGCCACUUGCACGUCUUAACUCCACCAGCUUCACCUCUCUGCUCCUCCAUCAGCAUGCCUUUACCUUAACACACCUCCACAAUACAUCAUACAUGACACCACACCUUUACAAUGCACCAUACAUUACACCACACUGUAACCUUAACACACCUCAACAAUACACCAUACAUGACACCACAACUUUACAAUGCACGAUACAUUACACCACCCUGUAACCUUAACACACCUCAACAAUACAUCAUACAUUACACCACACCUUUACAAUACACCAUACAUUACACCACACUGUAACCUUAACACAUCUUAACAAUACACCAUACAUUACACCACACUGUAACCUUAACACAUCUUAACAAUACACCAUACAUUACACCACACCUUUACGAUGCACCAUACAUUACACCACCCUGUAACCUUAACACAUCUUAACAAUACACCA